AAACUAUCAUACAACUAAUAUUAUUGUUAAAAUGUAUUAUUAUCAGUAUUACUCAUCCUCAUGCGAUAUAUCACGUGUCUUUUAGAAGAUAAAUUUAGAGAUGAUAAUGUGUUUUAUUAAGUGAGUGUGUUUGAAACUACGGGCCUCGACGACUAAUAACCUAAGUACUUCAUUGAAUACGCCACGGACUGCUCCUAAAUACUUUGAGUAAAAUUAAUCAAUCUCGGCGACACAUUGUGAAUUUCAAUCCACUUUAAUUCGCAGUUGUAAUCUCUUAAAAUUCCUUAAUACUAUCUUACAUAGAUUUGAGUUCAGAUCUCAAAAUAAAACGAACACAAUUCAGUCAUAUCAUUUUACUCCGAACAACAGACUGCUCAAUCAUGAGGAAAUAUUUGACAAGACAUACUCUCCGACUGGUUUUAAGUUUAAACAAUGACACACUUGAAAAUAAAAUUGAACAGUUGGCAGAAGAAUUGAAAGCUAUGAAAGGGCAGUUUCAGGGACACGAUGAAAGAAAUUCCCGAUGUCCGUGUAAUGAUAGGAUAGUGUUGCUUGAGACAUAUCCGGCAGCUUACAAAACUAGGGGUGAAAAGGAUCCAACUGAAUUGGAUAUUUUGGAUGUGGAAUGUGGUCUUGAAAACCAAAACGGGUUUGAGGUACACCAUGUGAAACAAACCAAUAGUGAAAAUUCAAACAUUGAAAAAUUAAUGCUUGAACUCAGUCAACUAAAAACAGUACUAAAAUGUUUGAUGGAACAAAAUGAUACCUAUAAACAAGAGAUAAAAGAACUGAAAACUCAUGUCGAACAAGAAGGGCUUAAAAAGCGUACCCGAACUGAAAUGCAGGAGCGGAAAAUAGAACAAUCGGAAAGAAGACAACCCUUCCAUAUAUCAGAUGGAAUCUUUCAGAAAAAGCUACAAGAUGCAAACCUUGAGUUACUAGAUUUGAAACAGGAGUUGGAGGACACGAAAACGAGACUAAGUAAGCUGAUGGGAGAAAAACUGACAGACAAAAAUCCAAACAUUGCUGAUCUUAGUGACAAAAACCGUCCAACAAAACUUGCUGAGAGAUAUUCGGAACUUUAUGACAGUCAGUGGACAGAUGCAUUUGAUUGUCUCAACAACUGGCAUGAUGAGGCAACGACCAUUAAACACCUCUCUGAUAUUCUGAAGAAUGCAAUGAGGUUUUGCUCGUUAGAGGCUCAGAAUCAGAUGAAAACGCUACAAAAACAGCUCAUGUUUUCAGCAAGUGUUCCAGACUGCAAGAUGCCCAGGACAAUUAUCAAAAGUCUCCAGGACUGUCGCAAGUCACUUGGAGAACAAACUGGACGUGCCGUGUUUCAGAAAUACGUGGAAAGUUUACAAAACGGAGCACCAACUUGCAUGGAACUCAAAGUGCUGCCCUAUCUGCAAGAGUGCAUUCAAUUGAGUUGGUUGAUGUGUAUCCAGGAUCCUCCGGUCGUUUUAAGCCCUGAUGUCACACAUGGGGCAAAUUUCGACACUGACUUCUACAAGGCAUACACCAAGAGUGGUCCCCUCGUUGACUAUGUGGUCUGGCCAGCCCUGUGUCUCCAUGAGAAAGGUCCACUGCUCUGCAAGGGCAUUGCACAGGGAUCUGGCGGGAAGAAAGAGGUGUGAUAAAUGCAUACUACAAAUGUGGCAUAUUAUGGUUACUGCAAACCGAUAAUUCCACGUGUAAAAACUGUGUGACGUGGAAUGGAAUUAGUUUCAAUACAGUAUUUGUUUUAUCACAAUAAAUUGAAUUAUCCAUUUUAAAUGAUAAAUCUUUAUGACGUCCAAAAUGCAUGUUACCAUUCGCUGGGUAAAGAUAAUAUCCGGUUAAGUUCAUACUUGUAAUAAAUAUGAUAGCAGGGUUUGCUUUCAUGACAUAAAAAGAUGAUUACAUGUCCUUGUCCAAGAUUUUAUAUAAGCAUUAUG